AUGCAACCCGCCAACGUUUCGCUUCCAUUCACCGCGCAAUGGGAUCUGCCCGGCCGGGACGGAAGCGUCUACAGGAUCCAGGUCGCCUGGCCGAUGCACUGGACGAGCCGCGAAGGACACGCUGACGUCCCCGUCCUUUACACCACCGAUGGCAACGCCAUGUUCCUGACCGCCGCCGAGGCCUGCUGGCGGCGCGCCUCGGCGCCCAACUUCAGCGGCGGAGGCCUCGUCGUCGCCAUCGGCUACCCGCUCGACAACCACUUCCUUUUCAGCGCGCGGCGCAACUACGACCUAACGCCGCCGAGCAGCGGCAGCACCAGCACCAGCCCGGAGGGAUACGGCGGCGCGGACCACCUCCUUGACUUCAUCGAGGGCACGCUGAAGCCGUUCGUCUCGUCAACCGUGCUGGCGGGGGGCAGCACGGUCGGGCGACAGGCUCUGUACGGGCACUCCUUUGGCGGGCUGUUUUCCCUCUACGCGCUCUUCACGCGGGGGCACGCGUUUGACUGCUUCGUGGCGAGCAGUCCGUCCGUGUACUGGGAUGAUUUCACGGUGCUGGAGCACGAGGAGCGCUUUCGUCGUCGUCGUGGCUGCGGCGGGGAGGCGGCGGGCGCCACGUCCACGAAACCAGUCUUGAUGCUGUUUUACGGGGGGGAUGAGGAGGAUCCCCCGCGGUGGGAGGGCGAGGGCGACGAGGACUAUUCGCGGCGGAGAAAGGGGGCUGAGGAACGGGGCAUGGUUGCGAAUGCGAAGGCCAUGCACGGUCGGUUGAAGGACUGUGGACGGCUGUGCGGCGUCACUAUCAAGGGGUAUCCCGAGGAGGACCACGGGACGGUGAUUGCGUGUUCGCUGAGCAGAUCCGUGACGACGUUUUUCGAGGACUGGUCGUGUGCCCCCCGGCCGAUGGCAUGA